GAAUCAGUCUGCGAGCUCAGUUGCUUUGAGAUUGUCUAAUAGAUCACACAUCCUGCGAGCAAAUUAACUCUUUGAAUUAUUUUUGCAGCUUCGCGCGAGCAUCCCACACUUCACCCACAAAAACUAAAUGAGGAGUGUUUUAUGGGGAAAGGCAGUGAAAGUGUUUAUAUUUGGUUGAAUUUUCCUGCAUUCACGCAUUGUCUGUGAAGGCGGGAAAUUUUUUUGAGGAAAUUUUCCAUCUUAGAGACUUCAGAGAACUUUUCAUUUAUUUUUUUGGACAAGAGACAAUAAAAAGAAAGAAAAUGGGUGAAACCAGUGAGAUAUUAGAGACAUUCUUCAGCAAUGCGAUCAUCGAAGAGAGAUCCUGUCGGGAGGAUGUUGAUCACUUUGCAAAAGAAUGCGCAGUAACAUUAGAAAAAGCAUCAGGAAUUGAAAAAAGACAACCCCUGUCUAGCAGACACAACGGUAUAUCUAAGAUACUUCCUACCCUCUAUCUAUGUGGUGCAAAUGCAGCUCGCCCUGAUGUUCUUGUAGAUCUUGGCAUUACGCUCAUCAUAAACGUAGCUCCAGAGCUACCAGACACUCCCCUUCCAGAACCCCCACCGGACUAUCUAAGAAUCUCCAUCCUGGACAAAGGAGAGAAUAAUAUAAUGAAGCACUUCAAUGAAGUGACAAGGCGAAUUGAGACAGAAAGACUGAAUGGUGGCACUUCCCUUGUACAUUGCGUAGCUGGUGUGAGUCGUUCAACUUCCAUCUGCCUCGCAUAUUUAAUGCGCUACAUGAAGAUGACUCUAAGAGACGCCUUUCUCUACGUCAAGGCCACAAGACCCCAAAUUCGGCCAAAUGUGGGUUUCUUCAGACAACUCAUAGCGUACGAAACGGAAAUCCUUGGCCUGUCUACGGUGUCGAUGAUCUUCAUUGAAGCCAUUGGACAAGAGGUGCCAGAUGUCUAUGCACCACAAUAUAAAGCUAUGGAACAAUUCUACAGAAAGCACCGAAAGCAUGCCAGAAGGAGAGAUUGAAAGAAAACGCUUUAUAAGACAUAUUUUUCUCACCGUAUUUAUAAUGCGAUAUAUUAUAAAGUAAUAAAUAAAUAAUACAAUAAAUUAUUUUAAAGAAUAUGCUGAUUACAA